UGCCGUCUCCUCACCGCGUCGUCGCCGCCGCCGCCGCCAUGAAGGAGUCCUUCGACGGACUGGGCCUUGUGGAAUAACGCCCCAACGCGGUCCUCGAAGAGACGCUGACCAUCCGCCAUUACGACGCCAGCUAGCUAUAGGAUUCGGGAACAGGGCAGACGGGGUCAGACUCCACACCGGUCACUGGCUUCCACGAUGACGGUAGUUGGGACGAAGCUGCUGGGUACUUCAGUGACCGUCAUUACGCGCUCUGGGAAAGGGUUAGCCGGUUGGCGGUCACGCGCAACACUCGCGUUUACCAUUAGCCCUUACCUUUUACCUUAUCCUGCAGGGAAAGUACUUGUAGUAACUUUCAAGAUCUGAGAAAAGACAAAAUAUGGUCUGUAUCCAUUUUGCCAUCUGAUGCUUCUCCAACGCCGUAGUACGGCAUUCUUAUUUCUACUAGUUCCACGCCUCUAGAGUGCGUGGUGUUUCCUGGCAUCUGGUAAAAUUAAAGAAGUAAGCAGUUAGUGGUACCAACCAUGGCGAUGAUGCAGGAACAAGCAGCGAUGGGGCAGGAGAUGGAGGCUGAGAUGGGAACUUCUGGACCAAUGCUUAUACAGACGCUGGAGCAAAAUGGGAUCUCGGCUACAGACGUUAAAAAGCUUGAAGAGGCCGGUUUUUACACGGUGGAAUCUGUAGCAUUUGCUCCUAAGAAAGCCCUGCUCGGCAUCAAAGGGAUUAGUGAAGCAAAGGCGGACAAAAUUCUAAGUGAAGCUACAAAACUAGUCCCUAUGGGAUUUACCACAGCAACCGAGUUUCAUCAAAAGCGUGCCGAUUUGGUGCAGCUGACUACUGGUUCCAAAGAACUUGACAAAUUGCUUGGAGGUGGAAUAGAGACUGGGUCCAUCACAGAAAUAUUUGGUGAAUUCCGAACAGGUAAAACUCAACUCUGCCAUACCCUUGCUGUCACCUGUCAGCUUCCUCUAGAAAUGGGUGGUGGUGAAGGAAAAUGUCUUUAUAUAGAUACUGAAGGUACAUUCAGACCUGAGCGUUUGGUGGCGACGGCUCAGCGAUACCAGCUGCAGGAAUCUGAUGUUCUUGAUAAUGUGGCUUAUGCGCGGGCUUACAACUCUGACCACCAGACUCAGCUCUUAAUUCAAGCAGCUGCUAUGAUGGCAGAAUCAAGGUAUGCUCUCUGUAUAGUGGACAGUGCCAUGGCUCUCUACAGAACAGACUAUGCAGGAAGAGGAGAACUCUCAGCCAGACAGAUGCAUCUAGCUAGAUUUCUGAGGAUGCUUCUGAGACUAGCAGAUGAGUUUGGUGUGGCUGUGGUGAUUACUAACCAGGUGGUAGCUCAGGUGGAUGGGGCAUCCAUGUUUGCAGCAGACCCCAAGAAGCCUAUAGGCGGCAACAUCAUGGCUCAUGCUUCAACCACGAGGUUGUACUUGAGGAAGGGAAGAGGAGAGACAAGGAUAUGUAAGAUUUAUGAUUCACCUUGCCUCCCUGAAGCUGAAGCCAUGUUUGGAAUCUUUACCUCUGGGGUUGGUGAUGUACAAGACUGAAGUACUACAUACAGUUGUGAAGAUUCUUUCCACAUGCUGCCAAUGUCGGGGCUACAGUGUGGUGAGACUUCAUACAGAUACCUGACCUCAUCUUCAGUCAUUUCAUCUGGUGACAAGACAUGAUCUCCCUUCCUCUGCUCUCACCAAACUACCAAACAGCUGAGUGUGUCUCAGAUGUAUAUGGUUUUAUGGCUUGGUCUACAUAGUGGAGAGCACUUACUAAUGUUUGUACUAACUCCUCCUUCAUCACCUAGGGGAUAUAAAAGCAUAAUGGAAGAUCUUGUUGAAUGAUAUUAUUCAUGCAUCAGGCUGAUGUCCUUACAGAAAGCACCCUGUCGUAUCCUACAGAGAAAGCACCCUAUCCUAUCCUACAGGGAAAGCACCGUUUCAUGCUAGAGAAAGCACACUGUCCUAUCCUACACACACAUGCUAGACACUGAAGGACAUAACCUAACCUAAAAUUAAAUAGAUUUUCAUGCACCACUAUAAGGCAGAAUAUAUUUCCUAAAUUGUAAGAUAAACCUUAUAGAUCCUUAGAUUGUCUUGUCCUUUCAAAGGAUUUUUUUUGGACUUUGAAAAGAUAAAUAUUUUUUGUACCACUCACUGUAGAAGUGACAAUACUGACAGGUAAUCCAGUGGGGCAUAAAAAGACAAGUUGUUAUAAAGUAUAUUUAAUAUGUAUCCAAUAAGGAAACAGGAAAGGCUACUCCAACAAACAAAUAUAAACUUUUAAACAAGGAACCUCAUGAAAACAUGGGUACAAAAAAUCCAGUGGUUAGCUCCUCAAAGCAAGUCUGUGUGUUUACAGGGGUUUACCCUUUAAUGCAGGGCAAUAAAUUUACUUGGUCCUUAUACAUUUAGCAUUUUGAGUAACUUUAAUUUAUAAAGUGGCCUUUCACAUUUUACCAUUAACUUCCACAUACUCCUAAUUUUCUUGACCUUGGCACAUUUUCCUGUUAACUUGUAUUAUUACGUCCGGGAGUGUAUACAUACAUAGUGAAGGAAAAGGAGUUGGUGGUGUGACAGUUACAGUUACACAUGGAAACAUACAUAAAUAAUCUCAGAUAUAAAACUAAAUGGUAUGACAAAUUACAUUACUUCUGUUUGACUAAAAUUUUAUUCUUGAUUUACAAAAGGACUGGUUUCAUACUUUCAGAUAAAAACUUGGGUAAUUACAACAAAAAACAAAAUCAAAUAGGAAGUACACAACUAUUUUGAAAAUGGAUAUACAUCAGUGAUAGUUGUAGGGAAUGUCUUUUACUUCUAUGCAGUGUGAGGGCAGACAUACUGUUGUCUCCUUGAGACUUAAAUGGGAUAAAAUGUAGCCACCCACAGACACCAGUCAUACAGGCACUGUCUCAAACGCUGCUUUAACACCCUCCUAAAUAUUAAACCAAUUAUAGAUGCAAAAGGAGAGCUGCAACAAUGAAAAAAUUGUCAUUUAAGAGGCAUUGAAAGUGGAUAGGUCUCCAUUAAAGAUGGAGGCAGAGUAGCACACUCAUAUGUGAAAGGUGCUGGGUUUGAAUCUUGCAUUGGGCAAAGAAAUUUGCUCUCCUUCAUACUAUUGCCCAUGUUCACAUUAGUGAACAGGAUAUGUAAAAUGAAGUUGUGACCUUGCUUCCCAGCAGGAGCAGAAGGUUGGCAAUCCAGUCUGAGUGUGCUAGCCAUGAGACCAGAAAUGGUUCACCCUUUCCCUAUGACUGGUAAACAGAUGAGGUUUAAAAACUUUUACAUACAACAUAUAACCUUCUAAGUUCACAAGUUUCACUUUCAUGUAUAAAUAUUCGUUUCAUGAAGCGCCUUCUCCAUUAAUCUGGAAGAACCACUCCUGUACACAUUCACAAUAUUUGUUUCAGUGUUCAGUGGUACUUCCAGGUUUGGUGAGUUGUACUCCAUGAUUUCAUUACUUAACUGUCUUCUACUACAAUGUAUGACUGUUGGGUCUUUUCUUGGUUAUCCACUUUUUCAAGGGAUGUCAGCUUAGCUAUACGUAGAUUUCAGUGACUAAUGAAACCCUUGUACAAAGGUUUCCUUGUUCUUACAAUAACAGCUCCAGUCAUCUGCAUAUUCUAAUCAACAUCCAAACUUACAAUCUCAAUGUGGUCACAAAUUAAAUGAGUUAAAAGAUAUCCACUAUUAUAAUAACUAAACAUAUACAGGAAUAAUUUCAUCUUUAGUUGGCCCAAAUUCUUGGCCCAAAUUCUAAGAUACUGAUGAUAAUCAUUUGCAUUCCUCUGAAUAAUCAGAAGAAAAAAAAUGGACUGGAGUGAUCUCCAAAAAUAUAUAUCCUGGCUUACAUUACAGCCAACUACUAGCCAGCAUUAUUACCAAACUACUGUUUGAUAAUACUUAUAGAGAAGUACAUAUGCAAAGCUGUCUGAAAAUUAGCAUCAGGUUUCCUGCAUGCCUUUUUCACUGUAUGACGUUUUCUCAAUGCAAUUUCCAGCCAAAGUCAACAUACAAAUGCUUUCCACAGUGGCCUUCAUAAUCAAAAACAAUACACAGGUCAGAUAAAAGGCAUGCAGGAAACCAAAUUUACAUGUAUUUGUUGUACUCUGGAUCUUCUUGACUGUUCUUAAAAAUGCUGGGAACAGUUCCAUUCCAAUUUUCACGAAGACUUAACAUCUUCAUAUCAAACUGUUAUCCAACAUGGCCACACAUCACAGACACUGCAGAUGAACUAUAUCCAGGCUGAAAGUAAAGUAAGUCAAUGUAAUAAAGCUUAAAUUCAUAUCAAGUAAAACAAAAUUUAAGAACUUUUCCUGAACACUUCAAAACUAAUUAUGAUGAUUUCUCUUGUUCUAAUAGAACCAUCUGAGAUCUUUAUUUAGAGAUCAGGUAAAGGGAAGUUAUCUGCUAGCUGGUCUGGUUAUUGCUUAUUAUCCUCCCUGCUCAUGGUUGUGGUCACUGUAGCUCGGGACAGGAAAGAUAUCCACUGCCCACUAUGCCUGGUGCUGACCAAUGCUAGACGAGUCACUUGUCUGCUGCCGAUCUCCUGUUUCAACCAAAAUGUCUUUCAGCAAAUACAUCCCACUACCACUU